GACUUGUUUCACUUCGACCCGAUCCUGGACUCCCUGGAGAAGCAGAGGCUUCUGAACGGCGACUUGGUGAACCGUGCGAAGUUUGUGAUCGCGGAUUGGUUGGUGGAGAAAGAAGGCCGAGCUGCUCAGGCAGCUGAAAGGGCCACAGCCGCUGCAGAGGCGGUGAUGAGGAGCGCCAACGAGCAGAGGCGACUGGAGUCUUUGUCAAGGAUCAUCCAGAAACCCGACAUGUACAAGCCGGAGACAAGGGAGCAGGAGAUCGACCAAUGGAUGGAAUGGAGGCAUGUGAUGCGAAACUACUUGGGCGUCGUGGACCACCAGUUUCUGGAGGAGCUGGAUGUCUUUGAGGGCAAUGCUUCGAAUGAGGUUGUCCUCAGCACACUGAACGACGGCGCCAAGAUGAGAAGCCGAGAGCUCUACGCCAUCUUGCAAAGCUUUGUUCGCAACCGCCCGGCAAAGAUUGUUCGGAAUGUCGGCCAGUCCAAUGGCUAUGAGGCAUGGAGAUUGCUGAUGGUCGAGAUGCAACCCAAGACGAGACAAAGACAGCUGGCCUUGAUGACCCAGCUGAACUCCAUGACCUUUGACCCGAGGAAGUCCCUGAACGAACAGCUCGGAAAGUAUGAGGAGGUUAUUCGGGAGUACGAGCGCAUUAGUGGCACGACCUACCCCGAGGACCUGAAGGUGUCAACUUUGGUGAGUGCAGCUCCUUCCGUUCUACAAGUUCAGCUGCACAUGUCCCUCAGCAGUGACACCACCUACCACGACUUGAAGGAGAAGGUGCUUUCGUACGAGCGAUCGACUACCAAAUGGCAGGCAGCCAAUGGUCUUCAAUUUCCUGCUGUACAUCAACAAGAAGAUGGACCUGUGCCCAUGGAGAUUGACAAGGUGACCUACCCUGAUGGUGGCAAGAAGGGAAAGAAAGGCGACAAGGGCAAGACGAAGAAAGGCAAGGACAAGUCCAAGGGCAAGAAGGGCAAGAUGAAGGAUGCAGAUGGGAAGGCGAACAAGCCGAAGGGCAAUUGCCACACAUGUGGCAAGCCAGGGCACUAUUCCCGAGAGUGCUGGUGGAACACUGGAGGUGCUGGAGGUGCUGGCAGUGGAAAAGGUGGCAAGGAUAAGAACCGGAAGAAGGUGAACCAGGUCCAAGCCGAAGCCCAGAGUUCAGAAGCCACUUCCAGCAACCCAACGGCAACGGCUUCGUCAAGGACACAGGCAGUUCGGCAAAUUCGACUUCGCACCCCACCUUUGACGAGUACGACCGAGAUCUUCGACAUCUCCGAAGAGGCCUUGUUUGACUUGGACCAGGAGUACCACAUCAACAUGAUCUCGGCGGACGAGGUGGUGGUGGAUUGGAAAAGCCAUCCCCCGAUUGCAAUCGUACUAGACACCGGAGCUGAUGCCAGCAUGGUACCCUAUGACUACGCUGCGCUUGGAGUCGAAGGAGAUGGAGCACCGCCUAACCUCUUGGAUGCCCAGGGAAACCCCAUCGCGACCCAGGCCAACAGGAAGUUUGACUUCUGGUUCAAGAGCAAAGAUGGCCAGGAGUUCGCCGUGAGAGAACAAUGUGUAGUGGGAAAUGUCAAGCAACCGCUCCUAGCGGUGGGAAAACUCCUUCGCAGAGGGUGGCAGCUCGUACAUCACGGAGGCACCUUGACCUUGCAAGAACCAUUUGGUCGUGGGGCGCCUGUCGGCUUCAAACAUAACAGCUUGGUGGCUGCCGGCCACAUCCGUUCGGUACAAGUCGUCAACGCUCUCACAGAAGUGCCGAAGAGUAUGCCCCCGACAACACCCAAGCUUGAGAAGUUCCCCGAAGAGAUCCAGAAGUUGGUGGGCAAAAUGGGCAUGCACAGCUUACCUGAGCGAGGAUGGAAGGUUCACUUUGAAAGUAAGGCAACCCAUCUAUUGGACCCGAGAACGUGGUAUGAUCCUGAUCUUUAUCGUGCACGAACUACCUGGAUGCAAACUUUGAAAGGACUCUGGAUCCAAGUGGAGAACUCCGAAGACUACUCGAGCGAGUUCAGACCCUAUGCACGCAUCUGCGAUGAGCCUCGUCCCCGACUUACUUUCGUGUCGAUGGACAGCUUUGGUGAAGGAUGCUUUGGUGGAGUUGGAAUGCCGCCGAAGAGAAGCUGUCGUUUGGAGAACGAGAUCGAGGUCGAGGACGAAGUGAUGGAAGAUGCUUUGAGUGCAGCCGAGACACCCCUUCAGGAGGCGCCGAGCUCUUCCAGUGGGCGAGCCGAAGUCAGAGGCCACCAACAAGCCGCGACUGCAAAGGAAGUCAUCCAGGACAUGUAUCUCGAGGAGGUUUCCUCCGACAAAGCCGCGACUGCAAAGGAAGUCAUCCAGGACAUGUAUCUCGAGGAGGUUGCCUCCGACAAAGCUGAGAGAGCAGCAAAAGAGUCGAUGGCCCGACAGCCCAAUAUGAUGCCAAGAUCGGACCCGGAACCGACUGAAGAUGAGAAGAAGAAGCACCAGGUGACCCACAUGCCCUAUGCCAGCUGGUGCAGUGCAUGUGUCAAGACGAGAGCGAGAGGAGACAAGCGCAGCGAAAGAAAGGACCAGAAGCACAUCCCAGUGAUCCAGGUCGACUUCUUCUUCACUGUAGUGGAUCCUGAAGGCCGGCCCUUAGAGGGACAGCAAGAUGAACAGACAUGCUCAUUGGUGGCCGCCGAUCUGGAUACGAGAAUGGUGUUGUCGGUGCCUGGACCGAACAAGGGCAAGCAGUCCUUAAGGAAAUACGUGGAGGACCUGGUGAAGUUCAGCAUUGCCCUCCACGAAGACGAUGGCAUCAUUCUUCAAAGCGAUGGAGAACCUGCAAUCAAAGCAGUAGUGAGGGUAGCGACUGAAGCUCGAGCGAAGAUGGGGCGGCGAACGGUGCAGAGAACAACGCCAGUGCAAGACCAUGCAGCUAAUGGAGCGGCAGAGCGAGCAGUGCAAACCGUCCGCCGACUUGGGAACUGCCUCAUGGAAGCGGUGGAGGAGAUCCACGGCAAACAACCUGUUGGGUCCGACCUUCGUGUUUGGGCCCAAGGACAUGCAGCUUUCCUCUACAACAGGUUCCACGUCCUUCAGAACUUCCAGAAGACACCGUAUGAGCUGGCGUUCGGAGGACAGCCCUACAAAGGAAAGUUGUGCACCUUCGGCGAGACCGUCUUUGGAAAACUUGUCACCCCCUACAAAGGAGGAGCGCAGUGGUGCACUGGCAUUUGGGCUGGUGUGAAUCCACACAACGGGGCCCACCACAUCCUCACCGAGAAUGGCGCGAUUGAGUCGAAUGCGGUGAGGGUUUCUGCCGAACAGCUUGACGUGGCGAAGUUCAAAGGCCUGCCCUGGGAGACCAAAGCCGUGGUGAUCAAGAUCAAGAAGCGAGUGGCACCGCCGGAGCCACUUAUGGUUGAGGUUGGUCCAAAGCCUUUGUCUUCUGCAAAGGCAGGGGAUACGCCAGCAGGUGACGCAGACGCGACGCAUCUGGGCGGCGCAGCUGCGGCGCAACUCGGAGGCGCAACUGUUGCUCGACCCGACGGACCCGGUGAUGAAGCGGCCAGCGACCCACCGAGCAGUGAAAGCGAGGAACUGAUGGCAGAGAGACCGCAAGCGAGUUCGCCGAGCAGGUCGAGCAAGCGCAGGGCCGAGGAAGACGUGGAGAAGCUCACCGAGAAGCUCACCGAGGAGGUGCUGGAUGAGAUCAGCAAGGACAAGGACCAAGUGGAGUUCUUUAAGAAGUUGCGCAAAGAGAGAAUGGAGAGAGAAAAGGGUGAAAAGAGGAAGAGUGAAGAUGCCGAACUUCCUCCUCGUGAUCUAGAAGGACACAUCCGCCAGAUCCAGACGGUGGAUUCCGAAUGGUAUGAUGGAGAUGAGCUUUGGGAGCCAGAGAAUCACGAUACCGACUUCUAUGAGUCCGACCACGACGCGACCUACCACAAGCACAACACCUUGGACAGACCGAAGGGAGACACUCCCCCAGAGGUGGACGAGGAGACCCUGAACCACCUAGAUGACCUCGCCGAGCUCCAGGAGAUCGAGAGACUGGAAAAGAUGUCCGUCUUGGUGGAUGUGUGCCCGGAGGAGGAUGCAGAAUGGUUGUCUACGACCUUUGUCAAAACAUGGAAGGCCGAGGCAAAGGGCGAGGAUGUCACCACCUGGUGGCGACGCGCCCGGCUGGUGGCACGUCAGUAUCGACACUUCAACGAGUUCGAGCCGGAAGACACCUUUUCUCCGGCCUCUACGAGUUCCCUGCUGAGACUGCUCCCGGUCGUGGCCCAAACUUGGAAUACCCCGAUAUGGAUCAUCGACGUGAAGGACGCGUAUCUCAACGUUCCUCAGCCCAAAGAAUCGCCUGUCAUCGUCAAGGCUCCGGACUCUUACGUCAGGAAGUAUGGACCCAAGACCUGGAAGCUGGCCCGAGUACUUCCUGGACAAAGAAGGGGAUCUCAGGAGUGGUAUCUCUUUCUCAACAGCGACCUGAAGGAGCUGGGCAUGGAGGCGAUGAUCGAGGUCCCGACCUUGUACAGGGCAGUCAACAAGGAAGAAAGGCGUGCUGCGCAAGUACAUGUGGACGACGCGAUGGUGACGGGAGAUGCCCGACAAGUUGAACCUUUCCUGGAGAAGUUGGGCAAGAAGUACACCAUCAAGAUCCAAGGGCCAUUUGGGCCCGGAGAAGCAUUUGAGUUCCUGCGGCGACGAUUCCAGGUGGAGUGGAAUGGAAGCAUUACAGUGCGGCCUGCUGCCCAUUUCUACAACGACGUCUACGAGCUCUUGGAGAGACCCAAAUUGAGGAGCACACCUGGACCUGCCGGAGGAGACCUGUUCGCCGAGGACGCCAGCGAAGAGAUGGCAGACGGCAAGCUGUAUAGAACCAUUGUGGGCAAGCUUCUCUACAUUUCGGGAGAGCGACCUGAUGCACAGGUGGUCAUACAGUACCUGGCGGCAAAGGCCAGCAGGCCAACCGUGACCGCUACGAAAAUCCUCAAGCAUCUGGUGGGCUACCUGAAGGCGACGGAAGGGCAAGGCAUCAACCUGAAGUGCGAGAAAGGAGAGUCCAUCAUGCGAGAUGGCGACCCCGAAAGCUAUAGCUAUCAAACCCAUCAUUUGGUCGAGGCCGUCUCCGACAGCAACUUCGCCAACGACCGUACCACCAGGAAGUCCCUGUCCUCAGGCCACAUCUACUUGAACAAGUGCCUGAUGUUCUCGUUCGUCCGAGGACAGAAAGUGGUUACGUUGAGCUCUGGGGAAGCAGAGCUGGUGGCAUUGACGCAGACAGUGGGCGAGAGUAUCCUGGUGAAGAAGGCCUGGGAGUUCCUGACCAGGGAGGAGACCUGGCAUUUGGCCAGGACAGACUCUUCCGUAGCUCGGGCCAUAGCUACGCGACUUGGCGUGGGCAAAGUUCGACAUUUACAAACCUCGUGCCUUUGGUUGCAACAGUGGAUUGCGAGAAAAGAAUUGAGGAUGGCCGCGAUUCCAACAUCCAAGAACCCGACCGAUUGUGGUACCAAAAUUCUUCCAGGAUCGAGGUUAAAGUACCUGAGCUUCAUCAUGAAUCUGGUGGAUGGAAAGAGCAACAGGAUUGGAACUGAGGAGCACCGGAAGGAGGCGAUGACAUUGUCCCCGAACCUGAUCCGAGCCAUCCAAGCGGUGAUGGCCAUGAGCUUGCAAGGAUGCAUUGGAGGCAACGAUGAUCAGAUGGUAGACAUGUGGACCUACGUGUUCAUCUUCGCCAACUACUUCGAGCCCAUCGUGAACAACCCGAUUUUCGACUACGGCAUCAUGAUCAUGCUCCUCUUGGUGAUGUGCAUGCUUGGUGCGAAUUGGAAAGUGGAAGUAAGAGUCAGCUCCAAAGGAGCAGACUCGAAGCAUGAGACAAAGGAAGGGCUUGAGCCCGGCUACGAAGAUGGACGAAAAGGCCCUGGAACCACAAGCGAACGACCCUCGAGUUCUACAUCUUCUGGGCCCACGAUCAACAUAGUGCUCAACACUCAAGACCAUGGAACCACAGUCGAACGACCAUCGAGUUCUACAUCUUCUGGGCCUGUACUAUAUCGUAAAGUACCUGGAGUCCCUGGCGAUCGUGAACAACGAGCUGACCCACCGGGAGAAGUAGAUCAGCUACUCGAACGUGCAGAGUCUCUUCAACGACAGCAGCAAGAACGAGUACAAGCACAUCCGCCGUCAAGGGAUCCACAGGGCAUUGUGUAUGGCAAAGUGAAUCGAAGCCGGCGAGUGGCAGUGGCCACAGCGUAUGGAUACAGCUUCCACGAGGCCAACUGUUCGAGCAUCACAAAGGAUGCCAAGCAGAGCCGGAUGAUGACAGUGGAAGAAGCUUUGCUUUUGGGCAAAGCACCGUGCCAAAGGUGCCUGCAGCCCAUCUUCGAUGAGCUGAAGCAGCUGAACCCCAACAACAAAGUGUUCGAUGGACAGCGGAAGCGGAAGUGA